AUGCCUACUAUGUCUAUAUACUACGAUCCAAGUUCCCGGCUACCGUUGCGGAUAGAUUCCAUUCAAGACUGGACAACUUCAACAGAAGACCGCUUUGCUGACCAAUCGGGAAUCGCCACGAAAACUCAGCUGCAAACACGGAGAGUCGCCUACAGAAGCAACGGCUGCUCAUGCCAGGACUUAACGUGCGGAUGCUGCACUGGAAUCAACAUUCAACAGUUCAAUUUCAAUAGAGAAGGCUGCAUGAAUUUCACAUACGACCCGUACGACUUCUCGAUUUCCAUGGAUAUGUUUAUGAAUUCCAACAAGGUUUUCAGCAACAGUGUAUCAGCAAAAAAUCCACCCCCAUUGUGCAUUCCGGUACCGAUCCCUUAUCUUCCGAGCGUGGAUUUUUGCGCGAAAUUGUUCGACAUUCAUACACCAGGGCAGAAUUUGAAUAUGUGCUUGGAUUUUGAGACGCGUGUACAAAGGGCUCCGGUUCUUGUGUUGCAUUUCGACUGCAUGCGGAUGGGUAACGAUGGUUUCGCUUUGGUCAAGCCUGGUCAGCCAGGGGUGCAAAUCUCUACGACAACCACUACCGAGACCCCAGUUACGGACAAUGGAUACGACGAAGUCACUGAGAUCAAGUACAAGAGUGCCCUUCUUCCACCCCAGUACAACACCACAGAUUAA